GCAUAAAUCUGCGCUUGACGUAACCACUGCGUACAGCGUCACAGACGGUAGUCCUCCUUGAAAUACAAAACAAGCAUUGCGCUGCAAAGUCCAACAGUCUGCCUGACUGCCUCCUCUCUCGUCCCAACUCAAACAUGGACUUCGAAAAGCUUUCGAUUGCCACAACAAUUGCGCAGAAUAAAAAGUUGUAUCUUGUGAUCGGAGGAGCGGGUGCUGCGGUGGUCUGCUUGGGUCUGGCGUGGAGAAGUUUAAGGAGUAGAGAAAAGGUCCGAGUUGGAGUUGUAUCGCAACUUUUAGUUCACCCUCUGAAGUCCGGGAAAGGCAUCUCAGUGGCUUUGGCAGAAUGCCACCACAUCGGAUUAAAACAUGGAGAACUUCGGGAUCGGCACUGGCUGGUGGUCAAGGAGGACGGUCACAUGGUGACCGGGAGGCAGCAGCCGCGACUGGUGCUGGUGGCCCUGACCAGCGACGGCGGGAGGCUAUGUCUGAACGGUCCUGGCAUGGAAGAGCUGCAGAUGCCCCUUCAGCAGCCCCACCACCCCAUCAUGGACUGCAGGGUGUUCGGUACGGACAUCCAGGGGAGGGACUGUGGCGACGAGGCAGCCCGCUGGAUCACCCGCUUUCUGGAGGGGGAGAUAGGCUACCGUCUGGUGCACUUUGAGCCCCACAUGGAGCCCCGCAGGUCUGCCGACCAGGAGAAGCUGUUCUCCCAGGACGAGAAGGUGGCAUAUCCAGACGUUGGGCCUGUGAUGCUGCUGUCGGAGGCGUCAGUUGGAGACCUCAACGGCAAACUGCAGAAGGACGUUACGGUGGAGAGAUUCCGUCCUAACAUCGUCGUCAGUGACUGCAAUGCCUUUGAGGAGGAUUCUUGGACGGAGCUGCUGAUUGGCGAUGUCAGACUCCAUCGUGUAAUGUCAUGUGGAAGGUGCAUUUUCACCACCGUUGACCCAGAAACUGGUAUUAUAAGCAGGAAAGAGCCCCUGGACACACUAAAGGGAUAUCGACAGUGCCAACCGUCUGAGGCAGAAAUCUACAAAAAAUCACCGUUGUUUGGACAGUUUUUCACCGUCAAAAAGACGGGAAUCAUACAGGUUGGGGAUGUAGUAUAUCGGAUUGGUCGCUAGGAAGUGGAAAAAUUGUUGUUUGCUGUUGGCGAUCACUGUAAUUUAGAACUCUUUAGCAGCAUAACAAAGGCCAGUUCCUUGAUGUACAUUUCCGAUGAUGAAACAUUGAUGGCAAAAAGUGAGAUUAGAUCUCUAGGCAAAUUUUGCAGUCCUCACAAUAAUAUAUAAUUAAAUAAUUCAAGUCCUCCACCCACACACGUCCUUCAUAAUCAAUGUGUGUGUGAAGUACAUGUAAAACACUACAGAGGACUACAGGGCUCACUUUUCUGUACACUAGUGUGCUAGUAUUUGCUGUAUUGUACUGUUAUUCAUAAACUAAUUGGGAUUUUUUAUAAACUAAGAUUAUUAGGCAGUUUUACAUCUAUAUGUAUACUAGUGUGUGUGUAGUACAAGCAUGCAUUUUUGCAUGAAUCCAAUAGCCCACAAUUCUUAUUUGAUGUAAAUAAAGUUGACAUUAAUAAAUUACAAAUAAAUGAA